AGUUAGUAGUCAAAUUCGGUUUUUCAAAAAAAGCUGAGGUGUUUUCUUCAGCUUCUCGAGUCUCGUUUUUCGUUUUCCUCUCGGGUCAGUACACAUAACUACUUAUUCUACAAACUAUGCUUACCACGACACUGUAAAAAGCAGACUAUGUGUUAGUCUGGACUUGAAACUGACCAGGUGAAAAUGAACAUGCAUGGCGCCACUGGAGGCUGUGACCGAUCCAGAGAUCGCCGCCGUUCCAGCGACCGCUCACGGGACUCCUCACAUGAGCGUGGCGAAGGACAGCUCACGCCCUGCAUUCGCAAUGUGACGUCACCAACCCGCCAACAGAACAGCGAUCGUGAAGGUGGCUCAUCCCGGCCCAGCAGCCCCAGGCCUCAGAGGAUUUCUCCCAGCAGUAGCAGUGGGAUUGCUAGCAGUCGCAACAGUAGCCUGUCCAGUUCAGAAGGCACCUACAAGUGCAUUGGCCCCAGUGAGAUGGUCUUCGUAUACGAGAAUGUCAAAGACGGAGCCCGCAGCGUGCGCACAUCAGAGAAGGUCACACUCAUCGUGGACAACACACGCUUCGUGGUUGACCCCUCGAUUUUCACAGCACAGCCCAACACCAUGCUGGGCAGAAUGUUUGGAUCUGGGAGGGAGCACAAUUUCACUCGACCUAAUGACAAAGGAGAGUAUGAGGUGGCCGAGGGCAUCAGCUCCACUGUGUUCAGAUCUAUUCUGGAUUACUAUAAAACCGGGAUAAUCCGUUGCCCCGAUGGAAUCUCGAUACCUGAGCUGAGGGAAGCAUGCGACUAUCUCUGCAUCUCUUUUGACUACAGUACUAUCAAGUGCCGGGACCUGAGCGCCCUGAUGCACGAGCUGUCCAAUGACGGCGCUCGAAGGCAGUUUGAGUUUUACCUGGAAGAGAUGGUGCUUCCUCUGAUGGUGACAAGCGCUCAGAGCGGUGAGAGGGAGUGUCACAUUGUCGUGCUCACAGACGAUGACGUGGUUGACUGGGAUGAAGAGUACCCACCCCAGAUGGGAGAGGAGUAUGCACAGAUUAUUUACAGUACAAAACUGUAUCGUUUCUUCAAGUACAUUGAGAACCGUGAUGUAGCCAAAUCAGUUUUAAAAGAGCGAGGUCUCAAGAAAAUCAGACUGGGUAUUGAAGGCUAUCCAACAUACAAAGAGAAAGUGAAAAAGCGACCAGGCGGUCGACCCGAAGUCAUUUACAACUACGUCCAAAGACCCUUCAUCCGCAUGUCCUGGGAGAAAGAAGAGGGCAAGAGCCGACAUGUGGACUUCCAGUGCGUGAAGAGCAAGUCCAUCACGAACCUGGCAGCAGCCGCCGCGGACAUUCCCCAAGAUCAGCUGGUGAUGCACCCUGGACCGCAGGUGGAUGAACUGGACAUUUUUCCCAACCACCCUCCACCCGGUCACCACUACAGCAACAACUUUAACAACGAGCCAGACACAGACGGCCCGUCGCCCGCGGUCUGAGAGCAGACGCUCUUCCAACAGCAUGCUACAGCAUGAACCAGUGACACUAUAACCAGAUUGCCUUCCGCACCUUCUCCACAGCCUUAGAGCCUCAACACUCUAGUUACUGUAUUGAAAUUUAAAAAAUAAAGAACAAACCCAAUAUGAACUUGGGAUAUCGGCAUGGGCAGUGUUCUGUUUUGUGUUCUCUUUUUUUAUUCGACCAAAGGAAAUUUGUUUGUUUGUCGUUUGAAAUGAAGUUAGCAACCUCACCUUUUGUGUAAUUGGGACGUUCUUUUCCAUUUUAUUAUAUUUGUAACCGCAAUGAGUAUAAUUAUUAUUAUUAUUAUUUCUAGUUUCACUUAACGCGUUCGGGUUCAGUGCCACUGUUUUUUUUUAAAGCUCUCCGUGACCUCCGCCGAGCUCCUGUGCUGCACGACUCUUCAGGAGAUCCAUUUGCCUGGCGAAUGAAUGCAGUGUUUCCUUAAGUGGACGUUAAUUUAUCUGCUCAAGAUUUGUCUGUUCAGCGCUUGAAAAUCAUUGUAUUAAUAAAGCUAUAUAAUAUAAUGUA